GAUCAGCUGGGUCUGUAGGUCAGGUAGGUGUUCUGGGAUCCAAAGGGGACAGAGGGGAUCCAGGUGAGGUGUAUAAAGGACCCACACCUGGUGAACCCGGAAAACCAGGACGCCCUGGACCCCUAGGACUGAAAGGAGAACCAGGAAUUCCAGGUAGAUACUGUCUUUCUGGGGCCACUGGAGAGUCUGGAGAGUCAGGUGAACAGGGUCCUCCUGGGGCUCAAGGUUUUCCAGCUUUCAAAGGUAGUCGUGGCGAUUGUUCUUGUGGCCCCCUGCUGAAUCAGGGGCCCCCAGGACCUGUGGGUGAUGCUGGGUCUCCAGGGUUUCCAGGAGCCACAGGGGUCCCAGGGUUUAGGGGGGAGAAAGGUUUACCUGGAGACACCGGAGAGCGUGGCGAACAGGGUCUUGCUGGAUUUCCAGGUGUCAAAGGGUUUAAAGGACAGAGGGGAGAUUAUAAUGUGGUGGAUAUAAAAGGUGAGAAAGGAAACAGAGGCCAGCAAGGACCUCCAGGAAGACAAGAAUUCUCAGGGAGAAGAGGACUUGAUGGGCUCCCCGCCCCUGGGAACUCUGGUCCCCCGGGUCCAAGUUUCCCCAGUUCUCCUGGAGACAGCGGGUUCCCAGGGUUCCCCGGGCAAAAGGGGUUAGCAGGACCAUCAGGCCCUGUGGGGACAAGUGUUAUUGGGGCCAUAGGACAAAGAGGGGCCCCUGGAAACAUGGGACCUCCAGGACAACUUGGCUUUCCAGGGCCAAAAGGAGUUAAAGGUGACACUCUGCCCUGUGUGCCCAGAAACCCAGGACCUCCUGGAGAGAGAGGAAAAAAGGGAAAUAGAGGUUUCACAGGACUCCUGGGGGCUCCAGGUUUUCCAGGCCUCACUGGACCUGAUGGACUGAAAGGAGACAAAGGUCAAUCUGGACUUCUUGGACCACCUGGACGACAAGGACAGCCAGGUUUUGUUGGAGAUACUGGGGAUGAAGGACCUGAAGGCUUCAGUUAUAGUGGAGAUCCAGGCUCUCCAGGACUUCAAGGCUCUCCUGGACUCCAGGGCCUUGAAGGAGACUCCAAUGUAGGGCCAUCAGGACCUAUCGGCUUCCCUGGACCAUGGGGCUCUCAGGGUCCUAAAGGUGUACCUGGUCCUCCAGGGAAUGAUGGCGUACAAGGGGCCCUUGGUCUGUAUGGGAGCCCUGGAGCAGAAGGCCAAAGAGGACAGGAUGGGGCCCUUGGUAUAACGGGCCCCCGGGGUCCCCCCUCUGAUAGUUGUGAUGCUGGAAAAUCAGGUCCCAAGGGGCUUUUUGGCCCCCAGGGGCCGAUUGGCCCACCAGGAUGUAUUGGGGAGAAAGGAGACAUUGGAGAGGAUGGCCCUCCAGGUUUUGGCCCUAAAGGCUCCGAGGGAAAACCAGGCUCUUCUGGUUUCCCAGGUUACCCGGGGCUCCAGGGCCCCACUGGAGUAAAUGGAGAUUCAGGACUGCCUGGUCCUCGGGGUCAGAAAGGCCUGAUUGGGCCUCAGAGCCAAGAGGGAGUGCCAGGGUCCCCUGGACAGCCUGGGGCCACUGGAGCCCCAGGGAGGAGGGGGUCCAGAGGGUUUGAUGGUCGAGGUGGAGCUCAAGGAUGUGAAGGCCCGAAAGGAGAGAAAGGCUGUAAAGGGGCUACAGGGCCUCUAGGAGACACCAAUGUUGUUUCCAUCAAAGGAGAGCAAGGGAAACUAGGACCCCCUGGCAUCUACGGCUUUCCUGGACCAAGAGGAAAUAAAGGUGCACGAGGAACAAUUGGUAAGCCUGGGUAUCCAGGCAUCAAUGGACCCCCCGGUAUAAUUGGUCUUCAAGGACCCUCUGGACCCUGUGGCAUACCAGGGCCCCCAGGACCACCUGGACGUCCAGGACCUCGAGGCCUCAUUGGCUUUCCAGGACAGACAGGAGAUUCAGGUGACUCAGGAUGUCCGGGGAAACCUGGAGAACCCGGUGCUCAAGGAUGUACUGGACCUAAAGGUGAUAUAGGAGACUCUAUUGGCAUCCCUGGUCCACCUGGAGGCAGGGGGCCUCCUGGAGACUUUGGGCCCUUAGGACCUCCUGGACCUCGAGGAGAUACUGGAGGUCCAGGUUUCAUUGGGGAUUCAGGACACAGAGGAUGCAAAGGAGAUCCAGGUUUUCAAGGUGACCCAGGACAACAAGGUGUUGUUGGUCCCCAAGGUCCUCGAGGUCGCCCUGGUCCCACAGGUUUUCCUGGUGAAGCAGGUGCUGAUGGUCCUCCAGGACCGUUGGGUUUCCAAGGACUCCAAGGUCCUCCAGGACCGCUGGGACUACACGGGCUAGACGGACUGAAAGGAGUGAAGGGCGACAUGGGAACCAGAGGUCUGGGUCUUCAAGGUACUCCAGGUGCUCAAGGUCUUCCAGGAGAUAAAGGUCCUCCAGGUCCUCAAGGACACUUUGGCACAUCACAGCCCGGCCCACAAGGACCCAAAGGUCUCCCAGGACCCAAAGGACCUCCAGGUGGUUUAGGACCUCCAGGUACACCUGGACCAGACUGUAAAGGUCCAGUCCCCGGGCCACGUGGAGAUCCUGGAUGUUCUGGAAGAGACGGUGAAUCAGGGUCUCCUGGGGACAUGGGGGAUCCAGGUCCAAACCCUCCGGUACUUGGAGACGAUGGGGACAACGGGGACACAGGGUGCAGGGGGCCUCAGGGUCCUCAGGGACCUUCAGGGCCUGGGGGAAUGCCAGGAAGCCCUGGAGGUCCUGGAGUCAAAGGUCUUCGGGGGUCUCAAGGUCUGAUGGGACUACCUGGAAAUCGGGGUCCUAAAGGUUGUUCAGGUUCCUCUGGCCCUCUAGGACCAAAGGGAUUUACAGGACCGGAUGGUCCAAAGGGGGAGAUGGGACGAGUCUCCGACUGUCCUCCUCACCCCCCAGCCCCACAGGGAGCCCAAGGACCACCUGGUCCCCCCGGUCUGCCCGGAGAUCCUGGCAUCGAGGGAGAAAUUGGGCUGCUUGGACCAAAAGGUAAAAAGGGGGACAUUGGGUGCGAGGGACCAAAAGGCGAACCGGGGCCCCCAGGUUCAGAAGGAGAUCGAGGAGGGCCGGGCCGGAUGGGGCCGGCUGGAGUUACAGGAGACAAAGGUGAUCCAGGUCCAGUGGGUGACCCCGGUCAACCCGGGCCGAACAGGAAGUUGAACUCAGGCUUCCUGUUGGUGGUGCACAGCCAAUCAAAGAUGAUCCCUGCCUGCCCUUUGAACUUGAGGGUGCUGUGGGUGGGCUACAGUCUGCUGUACCUGGAGGGUCAGGAGAAGGCUCACACUCAGGACCUGGGUCAGGCGGGCUCCUGUAUGCAGGUGUUCUCCACCAUGCCAUUCUCCUCCUGUAACAUGGGAACCUGCUCCUAUGCCAGCCGCAACGAUAAAUCCUACUGGCUGUCCACCACGGCGGCCGUACCCAGUAUACCCGUGGGUGGAGCUGCCAUCGAGGAUCACAUUAGCCGCUGUGUGGUGUGUGAAGCCCCCUCCUCACCUGUCGCUCUGCACAGCCAGACCUCCACCCGGCCGGACUGCCCCCCCUACUGGACAAGCUUGUGGGAAGGAUUCUCCUUCCUCAUGCAUACAGGUGCAGGUGAUGAGGGAGGCGGCCAGUCUCUGACAUCAUCAGGUAGCUGUCUGACAGACUUCAGGGCCCAGCCCUUUGUGGAGUGUCAGGGGCCCAGAGGGACCUGCCACUACUUCGCCAACAUCUACAGCUUCUGGCUGAUCCAAGAGCAGACAACCACUUCCACCUCCACAACGCUGACCCAUGGCUGGGAACAGAGGGACAAAAUAGGGAAGUGCAACGUCUGCAUGAGGGAGUGAGGAGGAGCAGCACCUCCUCCUCCUGCAGAGUCUGAGAGGACGGACAGGACGAGAAACGUUUGUUUUUCUCUGUGAGGAGAGAGAGUCACAUUUGGAAGAUGCUGACAAUCAAUCAAUCAAUCAAUCAAUGAAAUAAUCAAUCAAUCAAGUUCAGGUUAACAGGGGAGCCUCAGAGGCGCACAGAUUAGUUUAUUUAACUUUUUA